UUGACCGGUAGAACAGUCAUGAAAUCGAGCCGUAGCUACGUGACGAUUGGACUUUGAGCGGUCAAAGAUUGGAUCGAGAUGGUGGACAAGAGAAGACCUCCUUCUUCUCGUGCGAGAUAUAUUAGGUCACAGAUAUAUUGUGGUCGUCCUGCUAUGAGGAUCGUUUCGUGAUCGUAACGUGUCCAAUCAUCGAUCGAAAUAGGAAAAGGAGGUGAGGAGGAAAGAUGUCGGAAAAUAUGCCGUUUGAUUUGGAUUUGAAACUCCCGGGACCGGAAGCCUUGGCUGUCGCCAAGAAGGAGCUCAGAGAGACGGAGGAGAACGUGAAAGAGGGCCUCGCCAAGUUGAGGAUUUAUCUCGAGGAGGACAAGACACUCUACUUUAGAACGGACGAAGAGUUUCUUCUAAUCUUUCUGCGACCAUGCAAGUUCUACGCGAAGAGCGCGUACGAGUUGAUGAGGAGGAUCGCAGAAUUCAAGGAGAAGAACUCUUCUCUUUUGAACAAUCUGAUGCCAAACGACGAGGAAGUGUCGAUCACCAAGCACAACGUGGUAAACGUGAUCAAAGAGAGGGAUCACAAAGGGAGAAGGAUUCUCAUAGUUAACUGCGGAAAAACUUGGAAUCCGUCCGCUGUCAACAGCGACCAGAUGUUUCGAUUGUUUUAUUUGAUUCACCAGCUUGCCAUGCUUGAACCAGAAACUCAGAUAUACGGAAGCGUCGUGAUAAUGGACUUCGAAGGGAUGACCAUGAAGCAAGUGAUGGGGAUCACGCCGUCUUUCUGCAUGAGGCUUCUGAAUUUUAUCCAAGAUGCCAUACCCCUGCGUUUGAAGGAGAUACACAUAGUGAAACAACCGCUCUUGUUCAACAUGGUGUGGCAAAUGAUCAAGCCCCUCGUCAGGGAAAAAUUGAAGAACAGGUUGUACUUCCACGGUAGCAAGAUGUCUUCGUUUCACAAUUACAUUCCAGCCACGUAUUUGCCGGAGAAUUAUGGCGGUGAAUUGCCGAAAAUCAAUUACACUAGCGCCGAUUGGUAUCCGGUUUUGUUAAAGUACGAAGAUAAAAUUAAACAGUGGAACACGUAUGGAUUUCGACAACAAUGAACGAUUCGACAAAUAUGAAUAAAUUGACGAAAUUGACGACGAUAUUUCAACAAAUUUGAAAUUUAUUGAAAAUCUUCUUCUUCGUUCUUUGUCUUCGUAAUACGAUGUCGUACAAAAUAUUUUAAGCGAUAACGAUUUUUCUUCUAUUUCUAAAUUUAUUAACGUUUUUAUGUGUAUUUUUGUACGAAGAAUCAUUGUUUUUUAUACGAUACGAUACGUAUGAAAAAUAAUUUUUUAAAAAAGAUAGUUGUAAGUGUGAUUGAUUCGUAAAAUAUUUUUUGAUGCAAAAAAUGCAAGAGUCAAUAAGAAGGUUAAUCCCGGCAAUAAAUAAAAAAAAUUCAGUUUUUUCAACGCAGAUCAUGAUACAGUAAAAUUGA